AUGGCAACAAAUGUAGAGGAAACAUAUCUAUAUUCUUCUCCAACAACGUUUAAAGUUAGUAGUAAAGAUGGUGAAAUAUUUGAUAUUGAUGAUAGUUUUAUAAAUCAAUCAAAAACAAUCAAAAACAUGUUAAAUGUUCUUGAUAUCGCCGAUAAUCACAUGCCUAUCCCGUUGCAAAACAUCAAAGGAACAAUGUUAAAUGCAGCAAUCGUUUUCUGCAAAUAUCAUAAAAAUGAUCUACUAUCAAUUCCUGAUGAUGAAGAUGAAGAUGAUUUCGAGAGAGAUGCCUAUGAACCAAGACGUUCCGAUGAUAUUUCGGAAUGGGAUAAAGAAUUUAUCAAACAAUUUACUGUCGAAGAAGGAACAUUAUUCGACAUCAUUAUGGCUGCAAACUAUCUCGAUAUCAAAGCUUUGUUAGCAGUCGGUUGUAAAACAAUUGCCAAUAUGGUACGUGGUAAAAAUUCUGAUCAAGUUCGUCAAAUGUUUAAUAUUAGUUAUGAUCCACCUGGUGAAGGUUUAAAUACACCACGAAAUUCGGUCACCUCAAAAGAAAGCGGUGAUAAUCAAUUACUAACAACUCAAGAAAAAGAAAGUCGCUGUAAAACACCGUCACCAGAACUUAUGUAUGAUUAG